AUGUCAGCUUUAGCAUAUGAUCCAGUUGCUGAUGAGAAUAACCCUGGCACCACUGUGGCCAGCUCUAGAAAGGAAAGACAUUCUAAAUAUGAAAACAGAUCCAUACAGUUUCAAGAGUUCUCUAACUGUGGGGCUGAUGUUGCUAGAAAUGACCCUGACCCUGAAAUGGCUGAGAAAGAUUUGGAUUUGAUGUUAUACACUGUGCCUAGAAGAUCAGACAGUGCCUAUUCAGACCACAGUUUCUUCUCCUCACACACACCCAGGCUACAGAAACCUGCUAGGGCCAACAACUCAGCUCUAAGGUCAUCAAUAGCCAGUCGAGCUAGACCAUUGAAAGAACAUGAGCAACAGGGCUCAACAUUUCUCUCAGUAGACAUGAUGCCAAAUGCCAAUAGAAAACUAAACUUGGAGAAUCAAGUUCAGGCCACACCCAACAUGGCACCUAGCAGAAACUGUCCCCCCACCCCUGGUUGUGAGUCCAGGUGCUCUAGUGCUGGGAAUAGAACACCUGCUUUUUCAAGGUUUUCUGCUGGUCAGUUGAGGGUCAGUUCAGCCUCGUCCUACACAUCCCCUGUGCUCAAACCACCCAAACCAAACCCUAAAGUCAAGAUGCCUUUCAAACAAAGUAGAUUCAAGCCAGAGAAAACUCAUGCACCAGUCUCAUCCAGCCGUCAGCUGGCAGAGAGCACUGCCAUGGCCACUCAUGUCAUGAACAAAAUCCUGAAAGAACACAAACUGCCAAAGGUCAACUAUGUCAGAGGUCGCUUGUUAAAAGCCAGGAUGAAAUCUCUGGAACCAGUUGCUAUCACAGGACCAAGUAUACACCAGUGUAGGGGGAUUGUUGCAGAAACACGCGCCUACUCAGCCAGUGAGAGCAGAACUUACCAGAGGUGGAAGGCCAUCUUGUCUGGGCCCCCCUACCCCCACGGUCAGGACACCCCAGACUUGCCAGAAUCUUUGCACAGAACGUCUGAAGCUUCCACCCCUGAUCCUGAAAUAGAUCUGCCCACUGACCUCAACAAUAGCUUUGAAGAUUCUUCACCCCAGCCACCAGGGGUCAAGGUUGACUGUGAGUCUCCGCCCAGAUGGGAUGUUCCCAAAUCCACCAGCACUGACCCUCAAGCUAGUUCAGCCCAGGAGGCCAGAGCUGAUGUUGAGAAGAGGCCCCACACCUCAUUCAACAGCCAAGACAGCUGCCCCAGGUCCAGGCUCAGGCCUAAAACAGCUGGGGACGAGCUGACCAAAGCUGUCAGGUUUGCUGACGUGGACAGCCACUUGACAGCUCAUGGAGACAGCCACUUGACAGCUCAUGGAGACAGCCACUUGACAGCUCAUGCCGACAGCCACUUGACAAGUUUAAAAGUUGUGAACAACAAGUUGAAGAAGGAGAACGGCAAGAAAGGCAAGUCAUCUUGUCGCCCUGCAUCAAGUGCUGGUCAACAUCGUGAUGAUGGUGAUGGUGAUGAUGGUGAUGAUGUUGGAGCUGGGAAAGAAAUCCAUCAUUUGAUACCAAGGGACCCAACUGGUCAAGCUGAUUCAAAGGGAGGGAAUUCUCAUCAAACCCCAAAGGACAGGAAUAAUGAAGGGAAAACAUGCUCAGAUAACUCCGGCACCCAGCCCACUGAGUUCUCCCCAUUGUGUCAAGAGGUUACCUCAGCCAACCAUGCAGCACACAGGGGGAACCAAACACCCAGACCCAUGUCUGCCACUGUUUUCUAUGAGCUGCCACAAGAUCAGGCGGAACGUCAGGCAAAGGAACGUGGAACAAAGAUGGCUGACACCAAGAGUAAACUAGACAAGAGGUUUGGCUCACACAGUAAGAAAACUAGACAUUCCAGCAAAAAGCUGGACCCAGGCAGAGAUACAUCAACACAGGGGCUGGUCGAGAAAUCUGGUGAUGUUGGUAACCAUGGCAACAAUAUGCUGGACCCUGGCAGAGGUACAUCAGCACAGGGGCUGGUCAAGAAGGCUGGUGAUGUUGGUAACCAUGGCAACAAUAUGCUGGACCCAGGCACUGAUACAUCAGCACAGGGGCUGGUCAAGAAGGCUGGUGAUGUUGAUAACUCUGAGCCUUGUGGGUCAGCAGCCGACCAAUCAGACAGCCUUGUUGAAAGAGAAGAUUCUAAAAAUAGCACAAUUCCCCAUCUACCCCCCAGAGGUAAGGUUGGCAAGUCCAGCCGUAGGUCAGGCAGGAAGAUGCCGCGACCAUUCAGCUCCUCAGUUUACUCUGAUAGAGUUGUUUAUGAUACCAGGAGCAGAGACCACCGUCCUGCCAGUGGUCAGGUGUUUGCCCACAGGGACCUGCGUCCUGCCAGUGGUCACUUGUUUGCCCACAGGGACCUGCGUCCUGCCAGUGGUCACUUGUUUGCCCACAGGGACCUGCGUCCUGCCAGUGGUCACUUGUUUGCCCACAGGGACCUGCGUCCUGCCAGUGGUCAGGUGUUUGCAGAGAGGAACCAGAUCAAGAGCAGACUUGGCUUGACCUUGACCUCUAAAUCUAGACCCAGCAGUGCACCCAACCCAAGUCAUGUGACUUCACACCAGUCGUACAAACAUCCCAAACAGACGGCUGGUCAAACUGGCAAGUCAAAAAGGUCGAAAUCUGGCAAGAAGGUCAGGUCAGCCAGCAAGUGCCAGGAAGACAAGAUGGAAGCUUCCAGAGAGAGAUCUGUGGGUGGGCCAGGUCAAGUUGACCUGAGGGACAGGGAGCUGUAUGAAGCUGACCUCAUGUGGGACCAGCUGCCCAGUGACCACUCAGAUGAUGACCUUGACCUUGCCAGAGCUGACCCCCACCUGAGCAAGUUUGACCUACUUGAGCAGGAGAUCCUGCAGGUCAGGACUGACCUGAAGACAGAGACCUUCAAGCUGCAGGUCGACUUGAAGUCCCUGGAACAGGACCCUGACCUUGACCCACAUACUGAACUCCCAUCAAAACAAAACUUGACCUCCAAGCCAAAACAAAGAACCCAAUCUGCUGGGGGAAAACUUUCAACAAAAACACACCAAGUUGUUUCCCUUGGUGAAUCUUCACCACUGGAGUCUGAAAACUUGAUGCCCAUCUAUCCAACACAGGCCCAAUUCCAGCGCAAAGAACUGUCACUCAGCACCAUGAUCAGCAGCGCCCUCUACCAGCAGACUAAUUUAUACGUCCCUGUUAAACCAGACAGGCGUAGAAAAUCUGCAGCCUCUACCCCAGCAAAGGUCACUUGCUCAGCUGGUGGCACAAGGAAGGAUUGUAGGCAGGUAGAGACUGAGGUGACCACAUGGGGACAAUCUGCCCCCUGUGUUGGGGAUAGGCUCACAAGAAAGGAUUGUAAGCAGGUAGAGACUGAGGUGACCACUUGGGGACAAUCUGCCCCCUGUGUGGGGGAUAAGCUUGAGGUCACAAGAGACUUGAACCCACGGAGCUAUGCUGAUCAUGUGGACACUGAAGCACAGCAGAAACUUGAAGAUGAGAAGAAAUUUCUAGAGAAACAAGUGACCCUCAUCCAACAACAGCUGGAGAAAGAUUACCCUUUUCUCACCUGCCUACAGAAGAAACAGGUAGAAUUAUCCCAGCGAGAUUUGCCAAAGAAAGAUUCAGGCAGUGUGAGAAGGCAGCGUGUCAACCUGGAUGUGUUGCGUCAAACUGAGAGCGAUCAAAAUUUGUUGGAGGCUUACAGGCAGCACUGUAUGGAGAGUAGUGAUGACGAGGGGACGGAUGAGGCGGGAUGUGAUGAUGAUGGUGAUGAUGAUAAUGAGGUUCAACCUGCGGCAGCCAGGCCAUGGAGUGGGACCACUACAGACAGCGGGUUGGAGAGUGACAACCAUGUUGAAGAAGAUGGUUGUCAUGUGAACCCCAUGACACAGACAGUGCAACCAGCACCUGUCACAGCUGUGACAGAACAAAACAUGUCAGACAGGAAUUUGUUGCCUGAUGACCCAGGGGACAGGCCUUUGGAAGUUGUUGCUCAAGCUAAGAAAUUAUUUAAACCCAGAUUGGCUGCGGGGUCAAAGGUCGACAUGGCUGCCCUGUGUGCCGUGCCCCCUCUGUGUUUUAAACUCAAUGCCAGACCCCCUGAUGGCUGUCUCUUUUUCUUUGCUUAUGAUCACCACAUGAGCCCUGACAGGAUCUCAACCUACUUGGGAUGUCAAAGGUCACCAGAAAGAUUUUGGGCUCUACUUUUUGGCUUUGGUCUGGUCUUCAAUAGAAAAGCUGCCAGUGGUGACGCAGAUGUUGGAGGUUUCCCUAACCUGGAGUACAACCCCAGCUGUUCUGUAGAGGGCUGUAUCUACAAGCUGACCUCUGACCAGCUGCAGUGUCUGGACAAGUUCAUGGGCUACCCACAGCACAUGGAACACGUGGUCCUGCCUGUCUGGAUGUCCAACUGUCUUGACCCCGAGCACCUGGGCGUGGCGCAGCACUGCGUACCUGCAGUUGUCUACAUCGCACAUGACAGCUCUACAUGGCAAGAGCCAAUCAAAGCCAACGACUAUGUCCUGACCCAGUGCCACAAGGUCGCUGACCUGCUGACCCCAUCCUACAGAGAUUAUCUCAGGUCGUUCACCUCCACGUCGUCAAGCACGUCUGCUGUUGUCAGUGCCAUGACACCAUGUGCGACCACUGCCACCAUGACACCUUGUUCUGUCACUUCUGUCAUAUCUGUGUAAUGGUCACUAUUUUUUAUCUGCAAAUUUGACCUGUGAGGUGUGCAUAUAAUUGAUUGCUGACCUCUAGGUUCACCAUCUAACCUUUCCUACUGUUCAGAGUUUCUUUCAGGCAUCUUUUUGAAAAAAAUAUUAUUUGUAUAGAAAAUAUAUACAACCAACCCUCCCGCAUACCCCGCUAGAAAUUUAAGUGCCCUCC